AUGACGCGGACCGGCCCUUCACAUAACACCAUCUCUUGGGAGACUAAGAGUGUUGCCCCUGACGAAGGCAACCGAAUUGAUUCGGUCGCUGGUCACGAUGCGAGACCCAAAGGGCGCAUUCGUCGAUCCAUGACGGCUUGUAAUACUUGUCGCAAGCUCAAGACUCGAUGUGAUGUUGAUCCACGCGGUCAUGCUUGUCGCCGCUGUUUAUCUCUGAGGCUCGACUGUGAACUCCCGGAGACAUCGGAGCGGUUCCAGGACAAUGCAUCCACCUGGUCCGAUGCCACUGCUGUGCCCUCGAUAGAGGAACGGCUGGUUUCUCUUGAACGAGGCAUGGGCGAGAUGAUCCACCUUAUGCGGCAAAUGGUUGAUCGGCCUCCCAGCAUGUUCGGCAGCUUAAACUCGCAGGCGAGAAGCGGCAGUAUAGACGAGGCCUCCAGUGAUAGCGUGUCGGCAUCGUUAUACCCUUUGAAACCGGCUCAGCUCAUUCGAGACCUUCAGGCUGAAUGUUUUGGGGAGAGAGAUCACUUUUCCUCUGAUGAUGAUAUCCUGGGAGACAUCGUCACUCAGGGUAUUGUAGACUCUAAGCUCUCCCUGAAGCUGAUUGAACUAUUUGUGGAAUAUUUUGGUCAUUGGGUGUCAAUAAGCCACUCGUCCAGCAUUCAACGAUCAAAUACACUCUUAUUCAACACCGCGUGCCUCCUCGCUGCACGGUAUUUGCCUGGACUACCACAGCAUACUGUCCGCGAUAUCUCUCUCCACGUUCAGCAUGCUGUGGCCAAGAUGCUGUGGAAGCCUCCACCCCUGACAAGCGAUAUGCUACAGGCAUUGACAUUACUAUGUCUAUAUUCUACUGCUAUUCAUAAAGAAGGACUGAUGGACGACUGGUUGCUGAGCGGGAUCUCAAUCAACCAUGCCCUAAUUUCCUUCAACUUCCUCAAUACUCUCCCCAGGGAUAGCAUCAACCCUGAUGAUCUACUUGCUCAGUUGCGUCUGUGGAAUACACUGUGCGCAACCCAACUACACUCGGCCCUGGCAAAUGGCCGCACCGUCAACAUUCAACAGCAAUACAUGGAUCAAUGCCCCAGGAUCCUAGAACACGCCGCCGCAACCCCGGAGGACGGCAAAAUCGUCGCAGAGAUCCAACUAUAUCGCAUCGCCCUCAAACUCCAACACAGCCAGCAUCGUCUUCAAUUCGCAGAAGCCGAAUACGAAGAAAUCGAGCGCUGGAAAAUGGAAUGGGCCCACCUCCUAAGUAAAUCGCCCUUCUACCCCAAGAAAACAUCCAUGAAUCCAACAAAUUCUAACACAAACACAGCAAAUAACGAAGACUCAACCCUCGACCUAAACCUCUGGUUCUGCCAACUCCUCCUCCACAGAACAGCAACGCGCCUCCAACCAGAUAGCGACCGCCUCACGCCCGAAAUAAGCGGCACAGCCCGCCUAAUAAUCUCCAAAUUCCUCCAAACCCGCUUCAGCACAGCCCCAAGCCUAAUCGACCACGUCUAUUUCAUAGUCGGCUACGCAGCCCUAACACUAUGCGACUAUAACCUCACCGACCCACUAAUCAGCCAAGUCCGCGGCUUCCUCCUGCACCUCGCCCCCAGCGGCGACAACCUGCCCUACCGCAUCGCCUGCAUAGUCGGCGAAGUGCAGCGCCGGUACUCCGAAGCCACAGCCGUGGUCGCGACAGCCGAGCAUGCUUCAUUAGCGUCUUCGUCGCCGAUUGAUGCAAAGGGAACGCCGCUGUAUGGUCCGCACUCGCACUCGCAUUCGCAGUCGCAGUCGCAGUCACAGUCGCACCCCCAUUCCCAAUCUCACCCGCAUUCUCACUCCCAUUCGCAUCCUCAGGGUAGGGCUAUGGAUUUGUCGUCGCUCAUGCCUGGUGCGGAGGUUUUGGACAAUCUGGAGGGGUACAGUUGUCUGGAUCAGUUGAUGCCGGGGUAUGGGGCUGCUUCGACGAGCUUUGAUCCGCCGGCCUUGUUUCAGCAUCAUUCUGCGCCUGUCACUGGUGGCGCACUGCCCAUUGGUCUUGUUCCUAGGGCUUUGCAUGAUUGGUGA